AACUCUUCCUGGAGAGUAGGUAUCACUAUUCUUCCCAUUCUUCAGAUGAAGUUCAAAGAUGCAGGAGACUUGACCAAAGGUUAGCCAGCAACUAGGGGUUGGGGAGAGGCGCCUUUGAAACAAUGCAAGCCUGCUGGGCAUGGUCUAACCCAGACAUGAGUUCACAUAGCUCAGAGGGCAGUGAAGUGGGACAAAUGCUUGGCUUAACUGCCAGCCUCUGCUGCCCGGGGGCUGCGUGACCUUCGGCAUUCACCGCAGUGGCACCCUCUCUAAAGGGAAGGUCAUGCUGUCACCAACCAGAUGAUCUGCAAGGGGCCUCCAGGCCCCACCAUCCACGUGCGGCAGGGUGCGCGUUCUGACCACCUGGCAAACCUGGUGCGAUGGGGUAAAGCUAGCUGUGGCCCUCCUUCAUUCACGGCAUGGUCAUUUAAGUAGCUGGGCGGCCUGUUUCGGUCCUUGUCUGCUUUUCAAGGUGCCAAAUGUACGACCCUGGACCCGCCCCUGCGGGCAGCUAGGUUUUGCAACCCCACCCCCGAGUCCACCGCAGGAGAAUUGGAGAAGCAGCCUAGGCGUCCAUAGCCCAUUGCGUCCCGGUCCACAUCUGCUGUUCGUGGGGAGCGACCCCCGGGCAGCGUCCAAAGUGGAGUUCCCACACACGCUGCGAACCCACGGCCCGUUUUCUUUGAACGCGCGUCCUUGAGCCUGAGGGUGGAGGCGGAGAAAAGGGUGCGGAGCGAGUCAGAGGCGACCCCACGCAGGGCCGCAGCCCUCCCACCAGCGCGUCCUGCGGCACCAACCGCCACAGGCUGGGAUCGCGGCUGCCGCCCCGCCCCCGCCUCUCCACUCCCUGCCCAGGGCUGCCGGGCCGGUCCCGCCCCGCCUGCAGGUGAAGCGGCCGCAGCCGCCGAGUAGGUGCGUGGGGAUGAUCUCACUCGCGCGCUCCGCGCCAGGAGGAGGAGGAGCGGGAGCGGAUCCAACUUCCGGGUAGUGGAGCCGCACGCCACCGGCAUCUUGCUUUUUCUUCCCCCUCCUCCCGUGUGCCCCUCGCCGCUCCCUCUUUCCCUUUUAUUCCCGGCCCCACCCGCCAAAAUGAACAGCUCGGACGAGGAGAAGCAGCUGCAGCUCAUCACCAGUCUGAAGGAGCAAGCAAUAGGCGAGUAUGAAGACCUUAGAGCAGAGAACCAGAAAACAAAGGAGAAGUGUGACAAAAUUAUGCAAGAACGAGAUGAAGCUGUUAAAAAACUGGAAGAAUUUCAGAAAAUUUCUCACAUGGUCAUAGAGGAAGUUAAUUUCAUGCAGAACCAUCUUGAAAUAGAGAAGACUUGCCGAGAAAGUGCUGAAGCUUUGGCAACAAAGCUAAAUAAAGAAAAUAAAACGUUGAAAAGAAUCAGCAUGUUGUACAUGGCCAAGCUGGGGCCAGACGUAAUAACUGAAGAGAUAAACAUUGAUGAUGACGAUUCAAGUACAGACACAGACGGUGCCGCCGAGACUUGUGUCUCAGUACAGUGUCAGAAGCAAAUUAAAGAACUUCGAGAUCAAAUUGUAUCUGUUCAGGAGGAAAAGAAGAUAUUAGCAAUUGAACUGGAAAAUCUCAAGAGCAAACUCGUAGAGGUAGUUGAAGAAGUAAAUAAAGUUAAACAAGAAAAGGCUGCUUUAAAUUCAGAAGUUCUUGAACAGAGAAAAGUCUUAGAAAAAUGUAAUAGAGUGUCCAUAUUAGCUGUAGAAGAGUAUGAAGAGAUGCAAGUAAACCUGGAGCUGGAGAAGGACCUUCGAAAGAAAGCAGAGUCAUUUGCACAAGAGAUGUUCAUUGAGCAAAACAAGCUAAAGAGACAAAGCCACCUUCUAAUGCAGAGCUCCGUCCCUGAUCAGCAGCUUUUGAAAGCUUUAGAUGAAAAUGCAAAACUCACCCAGCUCCUUGAAGAGGAGAGAAUUCAGCAUCAACAAAAGGUCAAAGAAUUAGAAGAGCAACUAGAAAAUGAAACACUCCGCAAAGAAAUACACAACCUCAAACAGCAGCUGGAGCUUCUAGAAGAAGAUAAAAAGGAAUUAGAAUCGAAAUAUCAGAAUUCUGAAGAGAAAGCCAGAAAUUUAAAGCAUUCUGUUGAUGAACUCCAGAAACGAGUGAACCAGUCUGAGAAUUCAGUACCUCCACCACCUCCUCCUCCACCGCCACUUCCCCCUCCACCUCCCAAUCCUAUCCGAUCACUCAUGUCCAUGAUCCGGAAACGAUCCCACCCCAGUGGCAGUGGUGCUAAGAAAGAAAAGCCAACUCAACCAGAAACAACUGAAGAAGUCACAGAUCUAAAGAGGCAAGCAGUUGAAGAGAUGAUGGAUAGAAUUAAAAAGGGAGUUCAUCUUAGACCAGUUAAUCAGACAGCCAGACUGAAGACAAAGCCAGAAUCUUCAAAAGGCUGCGAAAGUGCAGUGGACGAACUAAAAGGAAUACUGUCCCAUCACAGCAUGAUGAUGAAGUGUCUGGCCCUAUGUAAGGAUCCGUACAUUUUGAAGAAAAACAGAAAUACGAUAGAUAGUGCUUUACUUUGAAGCCCGAAAGGAGAAUCCUAAAUGUGAAGCUAAGUUCCUCCCCAAAUAGCUUCAUAUCAGGAUCACAGUCUGCCUUUCCUCACCAUCGGAACAAUUAUUUGAUGAUAAAUUGAAGAAUAAAAUAAGAGGCUCUUUUUUAUGUUACUAAUUUCAUUUUCUCGAGGUUGGAGAGCAUGCUUCGUGUCCCUCCCUAUUCACAGUUCUGCUUUUCAAACUGUGAGCUUUAGCCAACGGAAUCAGUGGCUACUGCACUCUCCAGCAGUUGCUGUCAGAGACAGAUGCCUCACUUAGAAAAUGUUUCAGAUACUCAGAGCUCUAUUCUCAGAUCCUGUUACAGUCCCAAUCCCAGUUAUUAUGCACAGUAAGUCAACAAACAUGGGGGCGGAGGUACAAGACUGAAUCCCAUGUUUGUUGUUGCUGUGCUAAUUAUGCAUUGCAUGUAGACAUCCACAUAAUUGUGGUAAACAAGAUUGUUUUCAUCAAGCAUGUCUUUAAACAGUAGACUUAACCCAGAAUGGCUUAAUUAGUUUGCUUUAGUUUUAAGUGAGUGGGAUUAGCACUGAAGAGAGGUAUAUCACUGGCUAACAGUGGUGGUCUACCUACAGAAGAAUAAUGUAUUAAAGGCAUUGAAAAAGCAUGUGGUGAUUAUCUAAUGGAUUCUUUGAUCAGAAAAUCUGUUAUUCAGUGUUGUAUUAAGGAGAACUCCUUUGACAGUCUCUUUCGUCGUGUUUGUGUUAUGAUGCUAAUUCAUGUUCAUAAACAUGUGCCCUGGGGCGCAGUUCUGGUCAACAGUGAAAGAGGAAACUAUAUUGAGUUUGACUUUUUAAAAAUUAGGUUAAUUUUGAAAAUCAGACAUCUCUAUGAGAUAGAUAUGAUAAUAUUUGAUUAGCCAUGAUAUCCCAUUCUCUGAGAAUGCUGGAUGGUAGCAGGUUUACUGCAUUACAGCAUUACUCUUAAAUACCAUAUUCACCAUAAUUUUGUGCCACUUGGAGGAGAGAAAUUUGUGAAAGAAUUUAUAAAUUAUAUAAAAUUUGAAGACAUCUUUUUUAUGCAAAUUGCCCCAUCCUCCUUCCCUUGCUUCUAUCAUUGGACCUCUCUGUCCUACCUGCAUUAAAUGUAUCACUAGGAGUUGCUACUCUGACAGUAGGAUUUAUUUGCAUUAAGUUUUUUAAAAAGUAGAACUCACGAUUCUCUCCCCUACUCUUUGCCAAGUGGCACUUCUUCUCUUCCCCCAUAGAAGUUUCUUUGAGGGAGGAUGGACUAUUUGUAAUUCCCAGUCACUUGGAGCCUACAAACCAUACACAUUCUUCUAAGAAAGAGAGAAAAAAAAAAGCUCCUAGUGCAGCCUGCCAAACAUUUGGGUCCUGAGUGGUGCUUGUUGCUGGAGUUCACACUAUUCGGAUUAUCGAAGUUAGUGCCCUGUAAAGCACAUGGUGCCAACCUCAUAAUCAUGGCGUGUAAGAAACAAGGUGGAACACGAAAAGCCUACAGUUGUGUACUGAAGUGGAAAGCAAGCACCGGAACCAGGGGAUAUCAAGAAACCAAGAAACAUAGUGUUCAGUUCUGUUGUAGAACAGAACCAGGAAGAAGCUCAGUGUGGGUUAUUUUUGAUGAAAUGGACGUGACCCGUAAGACUUAGUGACAUGGCCUUCUGCUAAGUUAGCCCACUGGUAGAAAACAAGGCUCUGGUUUGGGGGAGUUUGAAAACCCUACUCCAUUUUUUGAGUUGAACAAUUUUCAAGCCAAUUUUUAAUGUCUCAGUAUUGACUGAACUCAUUUUUCCAAACCUACUUAUGCUUACGUUUUAAAGCUGGAUAUUCUGUAGAUACAAAUAUGUAUAGUCCAUUUCUCAUAGUCACAAAAGGUUUUGAGGUUUAGGAAAUGAAGCCUUUUGAGUCACCACAGUCACUUAAAAAGCGACUCUAAGUGACAGUGGUGAUUUCUGAAGAAUAAAUUGAUGCAAAUUAAAAUUGUCUUCUCAAUUUCAAUUGGCUCUAAAUCCAAGAACUAAAAGCAACUUUUAAAAAAUUAUAUUAUGGGUCUUUUCCAGUCAUCUUUGGUUUUCCAAAGUACCUAGACAUUUUUGAAUAAUUUUGUCUGACAAUUAGAUUAGUCAGUAUUAUGAACAUUUAACUAGCAUGGAGCCUAAGAUCAUUAAAUGAUCGCAGUGCUUUGAAGUAGAAAAAGAGUACUGAUUUGGGACUUGGGAAAUCUAAGUUCUAGAUCCAGCCCUAUCAGUGACUUACUGUGGGACCUGGCCCCAGAUCCUGAGGCUCACUGAAUUUGAAUUCUCUUUUCUACAAAGUGAAGGAAUUACAUGUACCACAGAGUUUCUAAGUUAAUUUCUGAUUCUCAAUUUUUAUGAUUCUAAUAUAAAGAGAUAACUUAAAUAGUCUUGGUAUUUUAUUAGCUGAGCUCGUCAUCAUUUCAGUUGAGAGUCACGCAGAAACCUUUAUUUCCUCCACAAUUGCCCCUGUAUUGAAAGUUUACUCAUAUAUUAGCUGAAGCCACCUCAUCCGUCAGUAAAUGGAGGAAGAAGUUGGGGAUUCAAGGGUUAGAACGUGGAAAAUGGAUUCCUUCAGUAAUCAGGUAUGAUGAGAGAAUAGCUUACUACAGUCAAGAAUUUGAGGAAAGAAUGCCAUUGUCCAAAUUAAAAACUAGAAAAUAUUGUGAAAGAUACAUUCAUCAAAAAAGAUAUCCUUGAAAGGUAUGUAUGUAUUUAUGAACAUACACAUAAAUUUUCCUUUAAUUAAAUCAAGUGAUUGAGAAAAAUUACAGUGUCCUUGAUAUUCAAACAAUGUAGUAGCUUUAUAACAUAUUUUAGUAUGUUUUUCAAAUAUCUGUUUACAAAUGAUAGAGACGGUAAGUUUUUAAAAAUUAUAAAUACAAAUGAUGUGGGAAUAGUUGUUGUAGUACUUUUUUCAAACGUGUCUAAAGUGGCUGUAGUUCUGUUUUCUCUAUCUUGCCAGUAUCCGUCAUACCUCAUGGUGUGACCCUUCUAUACAAAAUCAUAUCAGCUAUGUUAAAGAAACAAACUAGACUUUAAUGAUAAAAUAAGCCAUUAUAGUGUUAUUUGUGAUGUGCUAUUCCUUUUAAUGUAUUUAAUGAAUUUUUUGCAAUAAAUGAAAAGCAAAACAAGGUUUUUUUUUUUGUUUUCUUUUUGAGACAGAGUCUCACUUAUUCUCCCAAGUUGGAGUAUAGUGAUACAAUCUCAGCUCACUGCAACCUCUGCCUCCCGGGUUCAAGCAAUUCUUCUGCCUCAACCUCCUGAGUAGCUGGGAUUACAGGCAUGUGCCACCAUGCUGGCUAAUUUUUAUAUUUUUAGUAGAGACAGGGUUUCACCAUGUUGGUCGGGCUGGUUUCAAACUCCUGACCUCAUGAUCCGCCCGCCUCAGCCUCCCAAAGUGCUGGGAUUACAGGCGCGAGCCACUGUGCCCAGCAAAACGAGGUACUUCUAGGGAAAAAAAUUAUAUGCCUGGUUAAAAUAUGAGCCUUAUAAUCUAAUCUUGUUAGUCAGAUUCUUCCCUGACAACUGUUGUAUAAGUUUUGAUACUUUUCUAUGAUUUUAAGCAGUUAGGGAAAAACUUCCCUAAAAAAACAACAUAACUUGUAACAUAUGACUUCCUGAUUUUACGAGCACCUUUUUUUGUUUUAUAGGCUAAAGAAGAAACAAGUGUUACCAUUUUUAGCCAGUAGAAUUCUUAGAAUCCUUCAGGUAGUUGGCAGGCGGGGAGGGAGCAGGAUUAAGGCAACCCCAGUGAGUUCAACCAUUACAAAGGCUGGCAAGGUUAUUAGCCGUGGUGGACGAAAGCUACCUUUUGACUCUGGCAUGAAGUCUGACAAGUUAAACCAGACUUGAGGUUCUUUUUUUCUCUGAUCAAAAGAUUAUGGUUCUCCUGCCUUCCCCUCCCUCCACUGCUGCCCAAGUGUGUGGCACAGCUGAGAAGGACCAUUUCAAAGAAAUAAUGGGCAUCUCUUAUGAAAGACUUGUUGAUAUAUUAAAUCCUUAUAUAUCACUGAGAAGUACAUCACCCAGUGUUCUGUACAAACACUUGACUAGUAAUGGAGAUGGAAAACCGUAGCUAUCACUCUGUGACAUACUUCCCAGAGGAGCCAGAGCAGGGAAACAUGGAUCUUUCUCUGUCUUCUUGAAAGCCAGUAUCAGUUUCAGGAGGCGUAGAUUUAUAGCAUCUCUUGUUUCCUCCAGUAUCUUCUGGGCCCUGAAUAAUACAUUAACUGUCUCCUGUGUUAAGAAUGUGGAGUUAAGAUGCUGACCCUUGCUUUACCCUCUGUAUGGUUAUAACUUCUUUCACACUGAAGUCAAGAUGUGCUCUGUGCAACCCUUCUUUGGUCGGCCGCGGGAGAGCAUGAUGUGCCUCCUUUGACAGCCACGACGCCAUGGACAUCAGGUGUGCAGCCAGGGCUACUUUCUGAAGAACUGGUCACACAUUUUUCAGUGCCACUAUGAUUUCAGUUUAGUAGCUUGUGGCUGCCAUAUAAAGAUUUCCUUCUAAGGUGAGUUUAAUAUAUCAAUUCUCUUCUCUACCCAGUCAAUACACAUCAGUCUUAAUCAUUGAUAUGCAAGUACCUUCCCACUGAUGAAUUUCAUAUAGUCACCUCUUCCAGAAGUGUUCUUGUACUGUUGUUCUUCUGAAACAAAAGCUAGCAUUUUACACCAUCAGUAGCAUCUUCUUAAAUGAUCCAACACUCUGUCUUGUUGAAAAUGUACACAUUAAAAAAAAUUAAUAUAUGGCAAAUUCAUUUUAUUUCCUAAUUCUAUUCAAAUUCUGAUAAUGUUUUCAUGGUUUAAUUUUUCUGUUCUUUUGUGUGUUGU